AUGGCGGACUCAUACCCGACCCUGACGCAGUGCGCUGUCGUCGCCGCCGCCUUCAAGGUCCUCCUCUUCCCGGCCUACAAGUCGACCGACUUCGAGGUCCAUCGCAACUGGCUCGCCAUCACAAACAGCCUGCCCGUCUCCGAAUGGUACUACGAGCAGACGUCUCAAUGGACCCUCGACUACCCGCCCUUGUUCGCCUACUUCGAGUGGCUCCUCGCCCACGUCGGCCGCCUGGUUGACCCGGCCAUGGUCAAGCUCUACAGCCUCAACCACGAGAGCCUGCAGACCGUCUACUUCCAGCGCACCACCGUCAUCCUCUCCGAGCUCCUCCUGGCCUAUGCCCUGCAGAUGUUUGUCGACUCGACUCCUGCUCCGUCGCGCCGUGCCGCCCAGGUUGCCGCCCUCUCCAUCUUCCUUUCGCCGGGGUUGCUCAUCAUCGACCACGUCCACUUCCAGUACAACGGCUUCAUCGGGCUCGUCUUCGCCGCCCUGCUGUGCUUCAAGCACAUCUAUCUCUACCUUGCGCCCGCCUACUUUGUCUAUCUGCUGCGCACCUACUGCCUCUCGGCUCGGUCCGUCUUUCGCAUCAAAUUUCUCAACUGCCUGAAGCUCGGCUCGGGCAUCGCGGCCAUAUUCGCCGUCGCCUUGGGCCCCUUUGCCCUCAUGGGGGCCCUUCCGCAGCUGCUGACCCGCCUGUUUCCCUUUUCGCGCGGACUUUGCCAUGCGUACUGGGCACCCAAUGUCUGGGCGCUGUACUCGCUGGCCGAUCGCGUCUUGAUAUACCUCGCGCCGCGGCUUGGCCUCGCCGUCAAGACGGACGCGCUGCAGAGCGUCACACGCGGCCUGGUGGGCGACACGGCCUUUGCCGUCCUUCCCGAGAUCACGCCGAGGAUGUGCUUUGCCUUGACGCUGCUCUUCCAGGGAUUGCCUCUCAUCAAGCUCUUUUUGCAGGCCACGUGGGAGAACUUCAUCGGCGCCAUCACGCUGUGCGGAUAUGCGUCGUUCUUGUUUGGCUGGCAUGUCCACGAAAAGGCCAUACUGCUCGUCGUCAUCCCCUUUAGCCUCAUCGCCCUGAGGGACAGACGGCACCUGAGCGUGUUCCGACCACUGGCCCUGGCCGGCCACGUGUCGCUGUUCCCGCUCCUGUUCACGCCCGCAGAGUUCCCCGUCAAGACUGUCUACACCAUCUUCUGGCUUGUGCUGUUCCUGCUGGCCUUUGACCGGCUCGCGCCGGCGUCGAGCAAGCCGAGGGUGUUUCUGCUGGACCGCUUCAGCACCCUGUACAUUGCCGUCAGCAUCCCGCUCAUUGCGUACACGUCGCUGGUGCACCCCGUCGUCUUUAGGCAGCGCUACGAGUUUCUGCCGCUCAUGCUGACUAGCUGCUAUGCGGCGGUGGGGGUGGUGGGGAGUUGGGUUGGAUUCAUGGUGGUGUAUUUUACCUCGUGA